CCAAAAAAGGCACUAACUGGGGGAGAAAAAAAAUUAGCCCGGGGCUCGGGGCCAUUUGCAACCGGGCGCCCGCGGGCGCAAAGGCGAGAACCAGCCUCCAGGAAGGCGGGCAAAGCGCAGCGAGGCCAGCCUCUCCUCGGGAUCGUCCCUGCCCACCACCCUGCGUGGAUUCCGGCCAUGAACGAAGACGAAGCGGAGGGUCCUCCGCGGCCGGCCCUUUGCAAAGACAUGUGCCCGGCUGGGGAAUUCUACCGUCGGCGUCGCCAGAAGCGGCUGCACCGGCUGGAGCUGGGUUUGGAUCGCCAGCCGGACCCUGCGCGGGCGGUGAAGGAGUUCUCCCGCCCGGCGGCCGGCCAGGCUCCCCCGCCUCCUGCCGACCUCCGCCCGCCGCCGGUGCUCCUGGCCACGGUGCAUCACCUGCUGAGCCCAUCGGUGGCCGAAGCCAGCCAGGUUUCCCCGGCCGAGCGCUGCGCCUUCGUGGCCGACCGGCUGCGCGCCGUCCGGUUGGAUCUGGCUUUGCAACGCCCGCCUGCCGCCCCUUGCGCCGCCUUGCUGGAGCGCGCGUUGCUUUACCUGCUCCACGCCGGGGCCCGGCUUUGCAACCAGGCGCCCGCCCGCUUCGACCCUCACCUGCACGACGGGCAGCUGCGCGAGACCUUCGCCGCCCUGCGCCGCGCCUACCGCCGGCCCGGCGCGCAUCCUGCCCAGCCUCGCUUCCAAGCGCUCUUCUUGCUCUACCACCUGGGCUCCCCAGAUGCCCUCUGGCAGAUCCUCCAGCUGUCCGACGAUAUCCGAGCAUCUCCUGAACUCAAGACCGCCCUCGCCAUCCACUGGGCUUUCCUGGAACACAAUUUUGCCCGUUUCUUUCGCCUGGCCCGGCAGCUCCCUUACCUCCCCAGCUGCGCCCUCCAUCCGCACCUGGCCAAGACUCGGCGCCUGGCCUUGCUCACUUUCAGCCACGGUUUCAAUGCAAAGAACUGCCGGUAUCCCCUGGCCCGGCUGAUCCACCUGUUGGCUAUCGACAGCCCGGAAGAGGCCGCUGAUUUAUGCCGGGCACACGGCUUGACCGUGAUCGAGGGCAGCGUCGUCUUCCAGAAAGGCUCCUUCAGGGAUUCCGCACCGUUGGAAAACCGGACUUCCCUUCUCCUCGUGGACGGAAAGUGGAAGGGGACACUGUUGGAUCUCUCGGAGAGGGUCUGCAGCUGAGGCGGGAUAGGGGGUUUCACGCUGCGGCGUGGGUGGCCGCGGGUCUCGUUUUCAUGCACGAAAGAAGAAUCUGCCUUGAAAAGGCCGCAGGUUUGCAAAUCUCUUCCCUGUAUGUAGAAAGCUAGCUCGGCAGCAAAUCGUGAUGGUCGUUUACAGCGUCUCUAUUGUGCCUCCUUGUUCUGCUUAUACGGGUAACCGGCAUUUGCUGCUUGUAUUAGAGCAGUCUUUUUCAACCUCUGCAAGUUUAAGAUGGGCGUAUUUUAACUCCCAGAAUUCCCCAGCCAGCAAGCUAUAAGGAUAUGGACUUCAACUUCCAGAAUUCCCCAGCUAGCAUGCAUUAAGAGGACUGAACUUCAACUCCCAGAAUUCCCUAGCCAGCAAGCUUUAAGAUGGAUGGAUUUUUAACUCCCAGAAUUCCCCAGCCAACAAGCUUUAAGCAUAUGGACUUCAACUCCCAGAAUUCUCCAGCCAGGAAGCUUUAAGCAUAUGGACUUCAACUCCCAGAAUUCCCCAGCCAGCAACCUUUAAGAUGGGUGGAUUUUAACUCCCAGAAUUCCCCCGCCAGCAAGCUUUAAGUAUAAGGACUUCAACUCCCAGAAUUCCCCAGCUAAAUAUGCAUUAAGAGGGCUGAACUUCAACUCCCAGAAUUCCCCAGCCAGCAAGCUUUAAGAUGGGUGGAUUUUUAACUCCCAGAAUUCCCCAGCCAGCAAGCUUUAAGUAUAAGGACUUCAACUCCCAGAAUUCCCCAGCUAGCAUGCUUUACCCUGGGGAGUUUUGGGAGUUGAAGUCCACCCAUCUUAAAUUUGCAGAGGUUGAAUAACAUUGUAUUACAGAGACAUAUCGGUGCUUUGAUGCAUUGUGAGUGCUAUUUAUCACACUGGAAUAAUCGUGCAAAAAAUAGGAUUGGGCCACUCUCAGGUUUUCCAGAUGUGGCUGCACUUCCCCAGCAGUUCUAUGGUGGGGAACCUGGGAAAAUGUAUUUCAUCAGCCUUUCCAUGGCUGCAUCACUGGUGCUGAUGAACUACAACUCCCAGCAUCCUUCACUGGCCAGCUGUAGUUAAAAGUAUCCACAGCUGGAAAAAUGUUUCUUAAUUCUGAAAGAAGAAAAAACAGGGGCAGCUGCUGUUUGGAGAAGAUUUCCCCGGUUUCAAAACUUUUGGAGAGCUAUUUCUCUAACAUGGUUGAGGGUCUCCUUCCUGCUUGAGCAGGGGGUUGGACUAGAUAGCCUCCGAGGUCCCUUCCAAUUCUGUAAUUCUUUCAAACCUUUGAUGCUAUUCAACGUUUCACACAAAUGGUGUUUGAGCAUUCUGUGAUAUGGGGUUUUUUUCCCUUCAAGAGGUCAGUAGAAGAGACUUCAGUUGCAAACCAAAUAAAAACAUUGCCUGUGGAA